AUGGACUGCAAGGAGGAAAUCAGUGACUCUGAUAGUGGAAUCAUGCUGCACUCUGGUCCAGACAGCCCCACCUCACCAGUGAAGGACCUGAGCACCCACACACGAGCCAUGAGGCUGAAGCAUCAGGCUUUAGAGGACAAGCUGGAGCUGUGCCUGCAGGAGCUGAAGAAGCUGUGCAUCCGUGAAGCAGAGCUGACUGGAAAACUGCCACUCGAUUACCCGCUGCUCCCUGGUGAAAAGCCUCCAGAGAUCCGAAGACGCGUAGGAACUGCCUUUAAACUGGAUGAGAGUUUCAUUCAGCAAGAUGGACAGGAAUCAGAGCUACAUGCACUGGAGACAGAUUUAGCCUUGCACCAAAAGAUUUAUGAAGCAGCCCGCAAACUAUCCCUUGAGGAACACCUCAGCAAGCCAGUGAAAAAGAGCCGUUUGCAGCAGUGCAAACGUGAAGAGAGGAAAGUGAAGGAGCUGCAGGAGGCUGUGUUGAAGCAUCGCAUUAAUCAUGGCUGCGUGUCCCCACAGACCUGCCACACGUCAAGGCAGAAAGAUCUUUUUAUUUCAGAUGAUAGUUCCUUGUCUGAUGCUGCAGCACUUGAUGAUGAGAUAGAGUCCAGUCCGUUUUCAUCCACAGCUGUGGACUCUCCUUCAGAAGAUGUUUUCCUGCCUUCAGGGAGUCCUCAUUGCUCUCCCAGUCACGGUCCCCAACAAACCAGCUCCAGUUCCAGUCUGGAGUAUGAGCGCUCUCCCAUUCAGAACUCCCCCUGGAGAGAAUCCAGUCUAGAUCAGCCCUAUCAGAAGAGCAAGAAGUCCCUCUCUGCGUGCAGUAGUCGGUCCAGCAGCCCCACAGGGAGUCCAGUGGACCUCCGUUUGUCAGAUAUUCCCCCACCCCCUCAGUUUGUCUUCAGAAGCCUGGCUAUGUGUAACAAUCACUCUAAUAGUGCACCAUCUACACCAGAACUGCCAGUACGACGCCAGUUCUCCCAGUCCUUUAGACUGCCCAAAAGCAAGCCGGACUUUGGAAAGUUGUCUAACUCGGACCAGAACCGGGGACGUGCCAGGAUGCCGAGACGUCGUGCAGCUGACUUUGCUGUGACCUCAACAGCUUUCUCGCCCAGGCUGCUGUACCAGUCCAGCUCUGAGGACAGCAGCUCAGAGCACUCCAUGUCCUCCUCCUACACUGGCUCACCCAGUCGCGAGGCUAAACCCUGCCCACCUCCUUACGGAUACCACCUCAGCGCUCACCAUAAGGUUUCGGCUCCGUUAACUGCACCAAACCUUAGAAAAAACAACUCACCUCAGCCUGCCACUGGCCCCUCCCGGGGACCUAUUCCUGACCAGACUACAGCUGAGACCGAGAUGGCAAAGUUACAGCUUGGUUCACCAUCACCAGCUAAUUUGGGGACCCAAAACAAACAUUUGGGUGGGGAAAUCACCUCCCCAAAAAGGAUCCUCAAACCCCCACCUCCAUACGCAGGGCUGGUCCGAACACCUUCGUUGAGAGAGUACCCAAAUCAUGCCAGCAGGGCUCUUCCUCGAGAGGUGGUAUCAGCAGAUCUCAAAUCCUGGCACCAGAGGAACAACCUGCAAGGGUUCCAGCCUCGCUCGUUUGAGCGGCAGGGAUCAAUCCGAAUUAAGCGCUUACCCAAAGAGGGGCCACCUCCCUAUGACCAAAUCCACCCUGUCAGACAGGGUCCUCAGAAAGUGAUACUCCAGAGGGCUCCUGAUGGGACCCCACUACAGUGGUAUGAGGAGGAGAAUUCUGAGAUCAUAAGCCAGGUGUAA